CAACACUAUUUUGGCAUUAUUUUGUGGCAUUUCUAUAAUUUUGAGCGUCUUCUAUUUGUUAAUUGUAUUGCGAAAUAAAAUCUUAACAAUUAUAUUAAAUAAAGCAAUGGAUACUAAUGCAACUGAUUCUGCGAGUCGUGUGACACGUUCCUUGAGGAAACGAAUAGCUUCGGUGGAUAGCGAAAACUCCAGCCGGCCUGGUACUCCAGUUCCAUCGAAAUUAGUAUCAAUUUCAGAAAUAACUGCCUCUCCAUCUAGACCAACUCGCAUGACCCGUCGUAAUUCCACUUCUGGAGUUGCUACACCAGUAAAAACUCCAGCGAAACGUGUCGCUGCUACUUCCUCAAUUAUUGUAGAGAAUGCAGUUACACCUGCAAGACGAAGCACUCGUAGACGUAGUAUUUCAGUACAUGAGAACGAUGAAAUUUCACAUACAGGACUAAAGGUUCCGUCGUUUGCAGCGUUAGAUGAAGAAAAUGCUGCUAAUGAACAAAACCCAAAUAGAGUAACUCGUUCACAAUCCAAGUCACCACAACAAAUUAAAUCUUUGAAGGCUUCAUCACCAAGUCCUAAACUGACUAAAAGCCCUAAUGAAAACAAAAAUAAAGAACUGGAGGAAGAAAUCGCGGAUACUGAACAAUAUACAUCUACGGCAACUCGUUCACAGUCCAAAUCUCCGCUACAAAUCAAAUCAUCUAGGGCUUCAUCGCCUAGUCUUAAACAUACCAAAAGCCCAAAAGAAAAUAAAAAUAAAGAGCCGGAGGAAGAAAUCGCGGCUACUGAACAAUAUACAUCUACGGUAACUCGUUCACAAUCCAAGUCUCCACAACAAAUUAAAUCUUCGAAGGCUUCAUCGCCAAGUGCUAAAUUGACUAAAAGCCCUAACGAAACCGAAAAUAAAGAAAUGGAGGAAGAAAUCUCGGCUAUUGAAGAAUAUACAUCUACGGUAACUCGUUCACAAUCCAAGUCUCCACAACAAAUUAAAUCUUCGAAGGCUUCAUCGCCAAGUCCUAAAUUGACUAAAAGCCCUAACGAAAUCAAAAAUAAAGAGCCGGAGGAAGAAAUCGCGUCUACUGAACAAUAUACAUCUACGGUAACUCGUUCACAAUCCAAGUCUCCACAACAAAUUAAAUCUUCGAAGGCUUCAUCGCCAAGUCCUAAACUGACUAAAAGCCCUAACGAAAUCAAAAAUAAAGAGCCGGUGGAAGAAAUCGCGGCUACUGAACAAUAUACAUCUACGGUAACUCGUUCACAAUCCAAGUCUCCACAACAAAUUAAAUCUUCUAAGGCUUCAUCGCCAAGUGCUAAAUUGACUAAAAGCCCUAACGAAACCGAAAAUAAAGAAAUGGAGGAAGAAAUCUCGGCUAUUGAAGAAUAUACAUCUACUGUGACUCGUUCACAAUCCAAGUCUCCACAUCAAAUUAAAUCAUCGAAGGCUUUAUCACCUAGUCCUAAACAGACCAAAAGCCUUAAUAAAAACAAAAAUAAAGAAUUGGAACAGAAGAAGAAGCGAAAAUCCGGCCCCAAAAGUAAGACAGGAUGCCAUGAGGAUGUGUCUGAUGUCGAAACCAGUGUGCUUGAAUAUGAAGUGGAAGAGAUUAAAAACAAAUCGUCGAAUAUUACAAUAAUCGUUUUAACGGACGACGAGUCGAAUCAAACCAUUAUGGAAACUAUUGAAGAAGAUAAAACACCACAAGGCACAGAUAAAUUCGCUUUAGAGGAAAUUGAUUCACAGCUUUCUGACGCAAUCAAUGUUACUAAGAAUGAAUUAUUAAAUAAUAAUGAAACGCAAAUGGAAGAAAAUACCAAUAAAUCUAAUUCAAACAUGCAUUGUACUGUGCAAGAAACAAAUUCAACAACAGCUACAGCAACUGACAUCAAUAUUCUUAAAGAGCCGAUUGGCGUAACAAGCGAUCACAAAGAAAGUGAAGAGACCAUAUCGCAAUCUCAAACAGAAUCAAUCAAUAAUGCUGAAGAACAAAUCCAGCACACACUUACGGAUCAUAACCCAGAAAAUACGAUCGAUGAUAUGAUGAAUGAAGAACUAGAAUAUGGUGCGAAGAAUUUGCAAGAAAAUGAAAUAAACUCUUCUAUUGAUAAAAAUGUAGCUAAUAAAAUUGAGAUAAUUAGUGUUAGUACAUUGACACCUUAUAGCGGUGUAAAUAAGGAAGACUCAAAUGUAAGCAAUUGUAAAGCGUCAUCGAGAAAAGUAGAUUUCGCAUCAAGUCCUUCAAAUGAUAUGAUCAUUAAAAAUGUUUAUCCCAAGACGCCAGCCUUCAUGAAAACAACAAAUUGCUUCAAAGAUGCUAAUUCGUCUCGGGAUAAUGAUGGCUCAUUCAAAGCAGAACAUAAGACAAUGGCAAUUCACUCAGAGAAUCACCAAGAUAAUAAUAUUGCCAUAAACACUGAAAAAGUUGAAAAUAAACAAGACGAGUUCUCACAGAUUGAGGCAAAGGUGACCCCAAUGCGUGGUUUAAAAUCUGCCCGCUCAUUGCAAAUUGCUCAAAGCUCUACUCCAAUCAAUAUAGAAGCAUCCAAUCCUGAAGAACUAUUGCCAGAAGAAGAAAAUCAUAUUACUGAAGCCGAAGAUACACCCUUAAAUGAAGAAAUGGAAAAUAAAACAACUGAAGCACACUCAACUGAUGAUGAAGAAGUUAAAUGGAUUAAUCCCAGUGUAAAGUGCGCAACUGCAGAGGGGUCUAAGCUGGAUGCAGUAGUCACGCGUAAUGACACAAGUUCCAAUAAUUGCCGUGAUAAUAUUGACACUUCCGUCGAACAUGUCAAAACUAAUAAAAAAAAGAAGAGUAUUAUUUUCUCCUCUGAAGAUGAGGGUGAAGAUGUCGAAAGAGAACAAGACGAUAAAUAUGAUGAUGAUGAUGGUGAAUGCGAAUUGGCAGCAGGAGAAAAGCCGUACAAGCGGAAACAUGAUUUUCAUGAUGAUGAAGCAAUGGAAGUGGAUGAUUACGAAAGUGGUGACUCCAUGGAUUCCGAGGAACGAAAAGAAAUUGAAGAAAAUGAAAUACCAGUCGAUGGUGAGUCAAUUGGAAGUAAUACCACUGAUGAUGAACACGAAGAAUACGUCGAUGAAGAAGAAGACAGCGAUAAUGCUGAUUCAUUCAUUGUUUCAGACAAUGAGGAGCUAGAGUGUUCGGAGAGUAGCGAUGAAGAUGAACCUAUCGAUGAAGACGUAGAUGAUCAUAAUCGAGACAAGAAAAAGACCUACAAACGUUUACAACGUCAAAUGGAGAGUUCCUCGUCAUCCGAUGAUGAGGUGGAAAUCCUUACAUCCGAAGAAAAACUAAAACUUGAAUUCUCUGAUGAGGAAAACAUAAAUGAGGAGAAGCCAAUGAAGUCAGAAUUGAAUUCUGGGGAAUUUCACAUUGAUUCUAAAAAUUUACUUGGCAAAUCUAGCGAAAAUAUUAUUCUCGAUACGAGUAAACUCAGCGAUUCUGCAUUGCGCAUGCACUGCACAUCCGAAAGUGAAUCUGACGAAGAAGAAGUUGAUGGAGCAAACAAUUAUAUGUUGCGCAAAGAAAUUCUUCGCAAACUUAAUCAAUCAGAUCGCUUUAACAAAUCAGUUCGAGAUUUGAAUACAGAAACUGAUACAUCUCCAGCUGAGUUAGAAGCUAAAAUAAUUCCUGAAAUAAUUCAAGAGAAUAACAUUGAUGAAAAAUUGGAAUCUUCCGAUGAAGGACUCACAACUUCAACAUCUCCCGAAGAGGGUACCUUCAAAACACGCAACAUUAGUAAAUUGCGAUCUGAAAGUCAUUUGGGAGAAGUAUCAGUGACAUCGGAAAGUGACGCAGACAAAGAAAACGGGCAUAAAUCAUUGAACUUACCAUACGACCGUAUGCCAGACAGCGGAUUGAGCGUGUCCUUUGGUAAUUAUAAAAAUGUUAAAAAUCGUUCUAAAGGGAGGCAAGAAUGGCAACGAUCAUUUACAAUAGAUGUAACCGUAAAUUGUGGAGACUUGGAAACUGCAGUAACUGAUGUUAAAUUAAAAGAAGAAACUGUAUCAGCUUCCUCAUCUACAGAUGAUCGAGAAACAGAAGUGCUUAAUGGAGAAGACUUAAGAUAUUUAGAAAAUAUAAAGCAUAUGCCUUUGCCAUUGGGCAAUCCUUUGAUCCGCACUCGUCGCCAAUCACUGGCACUACCCACAAAUCCGGACAUGGAGAUUUGUUCCUCUCAUGGGGGCGCUACUAGCAAGAAAACAAAACGUAAAAGUUUAGGAAUAUUGUCGGGUAGUGACUUUAAUCCCUCUCAGUCAUUCAUCGAUAGCAUAGAACUGCAUAAAAGUGAGCUCAACCGACAAGUAGCAAAACGGAAGCGUCUAUCGAAAAGUUUUUGUGGAGCUUCGGAGGCUCUCGACAACAGUAUAAUAGACAUAGACGUACGUCACUUACACAAACGGUCUAAAUUGAUAGGUGAAAACAAUAUUGCUGAAAGUCAUCAUGACUCUAUUGAACAUAUCAACACCAGUAAACUAUCCACUAAAAUCUGCUCUACUCCUCACGUAAAGACCGACAAAAAUGAUUCCAAUAACAACAUUCAACGCAUCUUAACUCGUUGUGAUGAAAUACUAGAAGCAGCAAAUAGAGCUAAGCUUGAAUCUAAAAUCAAUAACAAACAGAGUAAAGGUAAAAUCUCGAAGAAACUGAGGAAAAAAUCCAUUUUAACUUUACCACAAGAAACAGUUCCUGAAGAUGCACUAAGAAAAGUAUCCAAAGAAAUAAAGCGUAAAGUUAAGACCAAAACAGCAUUAUCGCAGGCAAUUAAGGCUGCAGAUGUCAUACUCGGUAAAAAGAAACAAACUCAACAACAAAUGGAAGAAAAGGAUGAAAUUGUGUCAAAACAAUUGCCCCCAGAUGUGUUAGAAGCUAUUGAAAAGACAUCAUCAAUGAAAAAGAUGUGUAAAAAAGGCAAUACUGGAAAUGUUCAUACCACAUUGACAUCGGCUGGUAAAUUCAUGGACAUGCCACAGACACCAGAAAAGAAGAAGAGGAAACCAACAUAUAUUCAAUUGCCUACUGGAAAAGUGAGCGUUGAGCCAGUUACGCCCAAAAAACGUUCAGUGCUAGCAUUUAAUGGUACGGAAUUCAGGGAAAGUCCAGUUACGCCAUAUGCUACUGGUUUUAAAGUUCGGCAAAUUCCACUGACGGAAGACAACAACUCGUCUUCAUUGUGUUUAAAGAAUGGUAAAAGGAAACGACAUCACGAAGAAAAGCCCAAAGACCGUACUUUGCCAAAAUCACAGUGGACUCAAUCAGGCCUAUUCAUAGAAGAAGACAUUUCAAAGAAUCGUCGCAUUGUACGAUCUGAAACCGCACACGUAUGCGGUGGAUAUCCAAAAACCAAAAACGAAGAACUAACAGCCAUUAAUCGUAAUUUCAAAGAAAAUGCCAUGAUGCGACCCGACAUUAAGCGUAGUACCAAGCGUGAAAUCUUACAAUUGAAAGAACGUCGCCAAAUGCAGGGUCAUUAUUAAGUAAGAUAUCGUAUUACGAUUUGCAUUCCAAAGCAUAUUAUCUAUAUACAUACCUACUUACAUUUAACUUAAUUGCCAUGCUGUAUUCGUAUAAUCGAUGAAUUAUGCGAUCAAAAUUCUUCUAGUUUAUACUUAUUUUUUAUUAUCACAUAUUAUAUAUAUUGCAAAAUAGUCUAUCUAAAUUUAUACCUACUUUGUUUUGCAAAUAAAUUGUUCUGUUCUGUUACGUUA